AUGUCUCCCAAAGUAGAACAGCUCAAGGAUGAGGUACACCUCCAAAACCAGCAAAAUCAAUCAGGCCCGUCCACUGACGUCCAUUUCCAGGGCUCUCGACUCCAGGUCGUCGCGGCCGGCGCCGUGGCCGGCCUGAUAUCGCGCUUCAUCAUCGCGCCUCUCGACGUCGUCAAGAUCCGCCUGCAGCUUCAGUCGCACUCCCUCUCCGACCCUCUCUCGUACGAACACAUUCGCGGGCGCGGACCAAUCUAUAAGGGCACCAUCUCGACCUUCAGGACCAUCCUCGCGACCGAGGGUCUCACGGGCCUGUGGAAGGGCAACGUCCCCGCCGAGCUCAUGUACGUCAGCUACUCAGCCAUCCAGUUCACGACCUACCGUUCGACAACACAGCUGCUGCGCCGGGUCGCAGGCGAGCAUCGGAUCCCCGGCUCAGCGGAGAGCUUCCUGGCGGGGGCGUCGGCGGGCGCGGUCGCGACGGCGGCCACGUACCCGCUGGACCUGCUGCGGACGCGGUUCGCGGCGCAGGGCAACGAGGACAGGGUGUACACGUCGCUGCGGCGGGCGGUGGCGCAGAUAUACCACGACGAGGGCCCGCGCGGCUUCUUCCGCGGGCUGGCGCCCGGCCUGGGCCAGAUCGUGCCGUUCAUGGGCAUGUUCUUCGCGGCGUACGAGGCGCUGCGCCCGCCGCUCGCCGCCCUCGACCUGCCCUUCGGCGGCGGCGACGCCCUGGCCGGCACGCUCGCCAGCGUCGCCUCCAAGACGGGCGUCUUCCCGCUCGACACCGUCCGGAAGAGGAUCCAGGUGCAGGGCCCGACGCGCGCGCGGUACGUGCAUAAGAACAUCCCCGACUACGUAGGGCUUGGGACUUUGGGGACUAUGCGGUCGAUCUUGCGGACGGAGGGCGUGAGGAGUCUGUACAGGGGGCUGACGGUCAGUCUGCUCAAGGCUGCGCCCGCGAGCGCGGUUACGGUAUGGACUUAUGAGAGGGUGUUGGGUACACUCAUAAGCCUAGAUGGGAAGAUCAAGGAGAAGGACUUGUGA